CGCGGCAGUCCUGUCAGAGUGGUGGUACAACCAAUUUGUGUGUGUAAACAAACUGUGCAGCAAUGAACGAUCCCAACCGAAAAAUAGAAAUAGAUAAAUCUUCCCUUCUCAGUUUGAAGGCGGAACUGCUGCGCAAACAGGAAGAGGUGGGCAGAGCAAAGGUGUCCACUUCGAUCGACGAUUUCGUGCCGAAGAAAGUUCCCAAACCGGAGAAAGAUGUAUCUGCGAAGCGAAAGGAACGCCGGGAAAAGAAGGAUAGUUCGCAGCCGGUGGUUACAGAGCUGGAAGACUCGGCACAGCUCGCCCGGUCGAAACAAAUGCUGGUGGCAAAAGCGAAAUACUACGACCGAAUGGUUGCAGCCGGCGGAUCGCUAAAUAGUGACGAAAACAGUCUCGUUAUGUUCAACAAAAAGAAGCAGGACACCAAACCGGCGUACAGCUCCUCAGAACAUUCGGCCGAAGAGAGCAGCACCGACUCGGAAUCCUCUGACAGUGAAGGUGUGGAAGACGGAGACAAAUGGGUUGAGUACACCGAUUGCUUAGGACGCACGAGAAAGUGUCUCAAGAAGGACUUGAAAGAGUGUUUGGCUCGUGAUAAGGAGCUGGCUAAAACGAUGGCACCGCGCGAGGGACAACGCAGAGAGGAUUUGCAAGGUUCUUCUAGCGUGCAUACCGUACCAGCAGCGAGAGAGACGUUGCCGAGUACCAGCACGGAUGCGCAAGAAGAGGAAGACGAGGACGGUGAAAUAGUCGGUCCAAUGCCUCCUGCGAUGAGUCGAACUGACGAUACAGAUCUGGGAGAACGGUUCCUGGAGAUGAAAGAGCAGUGGGCACAGCAGGAAGAAGCUAAUCUGGAGAAGGGUUCCAUACACUACCAGGACGUGCUGUUUAAUGAGGCAAGAUUACACGGCGUUGGGUACUAUGCAUUCUCCACCGACCAGGAGGAACGCAACCGACAGCGGGACGAGCUGGACUCAAUACGCGAAACAACGAUGGAAGCGCAGAAGGAGCGCGAAGCACUGCGGCAGGCACGAGACAAGCUCAUCGCCGACAGGGUAAAGGCAGCCCGGGCACGACAGCGAGCACGCCAAGGUUUGCCGCCCGAGGAGGACGAGGACAGUGGCAAGCAACAACAGACCGAUGCAUCCGAUCAGCUGUACGAUCCGGUGGAGGAACGACGUAAACGCAAGGCGGAGGAAAAGCAGCGCAAGCGAAAGGAAAAGGAAGAACGCCGCAGGGAGCGUGAACGGGCGGACCAUGUACGGCCGUGGGACGAGGGCAAGGAGCAGAAUCCCGACGAUAAGGAGUGGGUACCGGCGAAGGAGAAAUUCAUUCUAUCCCAGCACGAAUGGAACGAUCUAAAGCGAAGCGAACGGAUUGCCGAAUUUGCACCACCACCCGUCGAAACGGCCAGUACGGCACGGUCCCGGAGUUGGACACAAAAGCCACGUGCGAAUAGUCGUGGCCCGUCGCCCGACAGCGAAUCGGAAUCGUCCGAUAGUGGUGAGGAGGUUGUCGUCGGUCCGAUGCCUCUAAUGACCGAUCCCUCCCAAGCAGGAGCGCUCGAGGACAUUCCGCUUCCGGAGGAGAUGGAUGAGCAACCUUCCAAAGGGUCGCUCUUUUUCACCACAAAAAAGAACCCUCCCAAAAAGGAGCUCAAGCGCCGGAAUCUAAACGCGGUCGAAAUGUCAACACCCGCCAAGAUGGCAGCUCCCGUGCCCAUUAGAAAUGAGCUAAGUGACGGGGAAGCGGCUGAGGAAGCAGCCGUGUUGCCGCCGAGGAAAGGCGCUGAGAUAGAGCCACCGGCGACGUACGAUUACUACGGACCGUCGGAUGCAGUGCGUCGCAGUCGCUCUGCAGCAGGCCAAACGGUCGCUCCGGAAAACAGAACAAACCUGGAGGCAUCGAUUGAGGCGGGGUUGAAAUUCUUAAGAAACCAAUCGGACAAAUCAGGUGGCCCGGGGACCAAAAAUCGCUGGACAUCAAAUGCAGAUUAUUGAGUAAGAUAAAUGGUUUGGACCGAAACAAACAGGGUUUUCUUUGAAUUUUAUCACAAAUUGUUCAAAAAUCGUUUCGUUGACUACUUCAAUCCUAUCAGCGUGGUGGUUAGCUGUGUGUGUAAGUCAUCCGAACGUAACGUUAACGAGCAGUGUGUGUGGAGUUAGGAAGAAAUAAUAAUAUUCUCAAACUUCAAAUUACAACCGUCGUUCUCGCUGUACCGCUGCACUCGAGCGAACAUAAUCAAAAGCGGACAAAGUAAACAUUUGAGCUGUGUGCGCGCCAUGAUGGGGUAUGAUGAGACCCCUGGCAAGUGUGUUAAUACGAACGGUUGUCCUUCGAUGUAAACCGCAACCAAGAGUUUCAACAUUCAAGGCAAGCGGACAUUCCGGGCUGCCGUUGGUUACUUCUUUUACUUCCUGGAAAGUGUACCGGUGGAGAGCCAUAUGUUUUAAUGAGCAGCUAAAAAAGCCAUCCAGGCACAAAAAGCCACACGCCACCGCUGGAACCCGCAAGCGAAAGAGUGAUACAUGCCAUCGUGCAUUCAUACCCGAUGCGACAAAGCACAGCGCUCAAGUGUGCACUUGUCAUUUGUAUCUUUUCUCGAGUGGCUCUCUCUCGCUUCAUGUUAGUUAGGAAUAAUCUCUUACCACCAUCAUUACCAUCAGUAACAACAGAAUCAGCACCGUCGUCAUCAUCAUCAUCAUUAUCGUCGUCAUGAUCAUCUGAUGAGUACAGGCGACGUCAGACGGGUAGUGUCGUGAUCAUUAUCGUUUUUGUCACCAUCAUAAUCGUAACGUAGCAUCAUCUUGCCCAACGUGCCCAACGUUGCUCGGUGUUGAACGCGGACACUUGGACGCGCCCGGCCCGGUGGACAGCAGGGACACGUCAGAAGUACAUGAACCGAUUUAAAAAUCUGUUUUACGAUUAUGUUUGCGAUGAUUAAACCAAACUUCACCGGCAUAACGUUAACCUCUCGUCCGCUCGGACAAAUUCUGCUACGGCCAACAAAUUUGUCAAAAUUUAUCACGCCGGCUUAGCUCAUUACAAGAUGAGGAAAGCUACUUUCUAUAACAAACACAAACACACACGGGCGCGCACAGACAGU